GCGCGCGCACGCACGCACGCAGGCAGGCACGCAGGCAGGCACGCAGGCACGCACGCACACGGAGCACUUCCGGCCGCGGCGGCCUCUGCGGUGGCUUGACGAGAGCCGAGCGCCCGGCCUCCCCGAGCGGCAUGCGGCGCUGAUGAGCGCUGACACCUCGGCGGCGCCAUGAACCUUCUACCGUGUAACCCGCACGGCAACGGGCUGCUCUACGCGGGCUUCAAUCAGGACCACGGUUGCUUUGCGUGUGGUAUGGAAAAUGGAUUCCGAGUCUAUAACACCGAUCCACUAAAAGAAAAGGAAAAACAAGAAUUUCUAGAAGGAGGAGUUGGUCAUGUUGAAAUGUUAUUUCGCUGCAACUAUUUAGCUUUAGUUGGUGGUGGAAAAAAGCCGAAAUACCCCCCCAACAAAGUGAUGAUCUGGGAUGACCUGAAAAAGAAGACGGUUAUUGAAAUUGAAUUUUCCACAGAAGUCAAGGCAGUCAAAUUGCGGCGAGAUAGAAUUGUGGUUGUUUUGGACUCCAUGAUUAAGGUGUUUACAUUCACACACAAUCCCCAUCAGUUGCACGUCUUUGAAACCUGUUAUAACCCUAAAGGCCUCUGUGUCCUGUGUCCCAAUAGUAACAAUUCCCUGCUGGCCUUCCCUGGGACGCACACAGGCCAUGUGCAGCUUGUGGACCUGGCCAGCACAGAGAAGCCUCCUGUAGACAUUCCUGCACACGAAGGCAUCCUGAGCUGCAUCGCUCUCAACCUGCAGGGAACAAGAAUUGCGACUGCAUCUGAAAAAGGGACCCUUAUAAGAAUAUUUGAUACUUCAUCAGGGCAUUUAAUCCAGGAACUGCGAAGAGGAUCUCAAGCAGCUAAUAUUUACUGCAUUAACUUCAAUCAGGAUGCUUCCCUCAUCUGCGUCUCCAGUGAUCACGGCACAGUGCAUAUUUUUGCAGCUGAAGAUCCAAAAAGGAAUAAGCAGUCUAGCUUGGCGUCAGCCAGUUUCCUUCCAAAAUACUUCAGUUCCAAAUGGAGUUUUUCCAAGUUUCAGGUUCCCUCAGGCUCUCCAUGCAUUUGUGCCUUUGGAACAGAGCCCAACGCUGUCAUUGCAAUCUGCGCAGAUGGCAGCUACUACAAGUUCCUCUUCAACCCCAAGGGGGAAUGCAUCCGGGAUGUCUAUGCCCAGUUCCUGGAGAUGACUGAUGACAAGCUGUGACUCCACCUGUGAGCUCAGUGCCAGCACUGCUGUCCCCUUGCAGACUCUGGGGGCUUGUGCCCAGGCCUGGUGGGCCCCAGGCUGGAGGGGCUCCCAGGGACCUUGGUCUCAAAGCCAUAUGUGGUUGUCUGCUUUCCUUAGAAAGACUUUUCAAUUCCAGUAUUACAGAGAGAAUUAUCAUCAAGGCACCACAGAUGCUCAGCGUUUAUGCCGACUGCCAGCUAUCUCUCAUUUGCUCACCCGAGGCAUUCCCAGGCUGGCCGCACCUGUAUGGUGACAGGGGCUCCCUGCAGACCUGGGGGCUGGGUGGAGAGGAUGGACUCAUUGAGGUUUGUUUUUGUAACAGAUUCCGUCAUUUUUACUGCAUCUACAGUGGGGAAAUGAGCAAGUGUGUAAAUGUAGUUCGUACGUUCUAAGCAGAUUUAAAUAGAACACCAGCAGCUUGCCUUAGAAAAGGAGAGAGGAAUUCCUUUUCCCAUCUGAAUGUGGGAAGAAAUGAGAGUCCUGCUGAGGGGCCGUGGUGUGGAAGUCUCCCCUGCUCAGCCCUGGCCACGCUCCUCUCUGCUUGUGGCAGACACCAGGUGCACCCAGGAAGUAGAGCAGCCAUCCUCGGGCUUGGGCAGUGACAGGGCCAUGGCUGGGUCUCCUGGAUAAAUUCUGGGUUAAAACUGAGUUUCCCUGUUAUGUGUAGGGAACAAAGUAGUAAAAUUUAGUCAUAGAAGAAAGUGACAACUUAGUGGGACAUUUCCACAGAGCAGUACCGCAGAGCGUCCUCUGGCAGCUCCUGUCAGUGUGGCGGGAAAUGCCUCGGCCAGCCUGUGUCUCCGUGUCCCUCCUCACUCUCUGUCCCCAGCAUUUACAGGAGUAGCAUACACUAACAUUUGGGAAUGAAAGGCACAGAACUUUCUUUUUAACAUUUGGUAACUAAAGUAGGUUAUGGGCUCUACGUUCUCAACUACUUGAAAUAUAUGUUUAAUUUUCUUAAAUUCCCUUUAAAGCAACUUAAUUUCAUGGUUUUGAUUUCAGGUUGCAAACAUUUAAAAUCUGCAUAGCGAGUUCUCUGUUUUGCCGAUUCCUUUACUGUCUUGUAAUCAACUAACUUUGUAUGCGACUUUGAUGUAAAGUAUGCAUGUUACUUUUAUGUGUAUUUAAUCAUGAAGUUUAAUUUUGCACACUUAUUUGUAUGUUUCUUUUAAAUAAAAGUGACUAAUUUGUUGUAUUCUGCCUGUAAA